GAAAGUAUCCUCCAGCUCAGACGUUUGUCCUGGGCUGCGGCGUGGCGGGCCUCGCGGCCAUUGGCACCUCCAAGGCCCUGGGCUCUGUGGUACGUGCCUGGGACGUGCGCGACGUCUCGGAUCAAGUUCACUCCAUGGGCGCCAAGUGGGUGAAGGUAGACUUCAAGGAGAGUGGCGAGGGAACUGGCGGUUAUGCCAAAGAGUCCUCCGACGCCUUCAAGAAGGUGCAGCAAGAGACCUUCAAGGCUGUGCUGAAGGAGUGCGACAUCGCCAUCAGCACCGCAGCGAUUCCGGGUCGGCCCAGUCCACUUCUGAUCACCAAGGAUGCCGUGGCCGUCAUGAAGCCCGGCAGCGUCAUCGUGGAUCUGGCGGCCGUGGGCGGCGGCAAUUGCGAGCUGACGAA